CCAAUCACAUUCUACUCAAGUAUGACAGCUCUCGUGCUAUUGCUUUCAUUGGCUUUUGCCGCUGCUUCUGCAAACAACAAUCAGACAACGAUAAAGAUCUCGCCGGAGGAUCUGCCUGUCGGUGUUUUUAUUAGCAAUGGCUAUCCUGCACCCGAAGGCAAGGCUCCCUACAUUGUCAGUCUGCUGAUAAGAACGGAUAACAGCAAUAGAGUUGCAAUAGGCGGCGGCACCAUCAUCGGCAACACCUGGGUCCUGACAGCAGCUCAUUGUCUAACCACGGACUAUGUGGAAAUCCAUUACGGCUCCACUUGGCGAGGCAAUGGCCAAUACUAUCACAGUGUUCGAAAGGAGAACUUCAUUCGCCACCAUCUCUGGCCCGAUACCAAUGGCAAUGACAUCGGCUUGAUACGCACUCCGCACGUUGACUUUACGCCAACAGUCAACAAGGUUAACCUGCCCAGCUUCAGCCAACAGAACGAGCUCUUCGAGAACUGGUGGGCAGUAACUUGUGGCUGGGGAGGACAGGCCAAUGGACAAUUGGCUGAUUGGCUGCAGUGCGUCGAUCUACAAAUCAUGAGCAACAACGAGUGCUCAAAGACCUAUGGCAAUCUACCAAACGGCAUACUGUGUGUGGGUACACCAGAUGGAAAAUCCACCUGCGGCGGUGACUCCGGUGGCCCGUUGGUAACACACGAUAAUCCCAUUCUAGUGGGCGUAACAUCUUUUGGUUCGGCAGCUGGCUGCAUGCUCGGACACCCAGCUGGAUUUACGCGCGUGACCGCUCACUUGGACUGGAUACGUGAACACUCUGGAAUUGCUUACUAAUUAGCUCCAAU